AAAAAAAGAUUCAGUGUGUAGCCUCGGACACAUUAUAUAAGAAGUAGCGGGUGAGAGAGUAGAUCGAGAGCAACCAUUCACUACUAAAUCUCAUGGCAAGCCAAGCUGUGAAGCUUUUGGGAUUUUGGGCUAGCCCAUAUUCCCGGCGGGUUGAAUGGGCUCUGAAGCUCAAGGGUGUUGAUUAUGAGUACGUUGAAGAAGACAUCUUUAACAAGAGCCCUCUUCUCUUGCAGCUGAACCCUGUUCACAAAAAGAUUCCAGUUCUGGUACAUGACCAGAAAGUGGUCGCCGAAUCUUUCGUUAUUCUUGAGUACAUCGACGAGACAUGGAAACAGAGUCCAUUGCUGCCUCAAGAUCCUUAUGAAAGAGCCAAAGCGCGAUUUUGGGCCAGAUUUGGAGACGAGAAGCUUUUUAAAGCAUGGAGUGCUAUGUGUUCCCUGGGAGAGGAAAAAGAAAAGGCAGUGAAAUUAGCCAUAGAGGCCAUGGAAAAGAUAGAGGAAGAGAUCAAAGGGAAGAAGUUUUUCGGAGGGGAGAGCAUUGGGUAUUUGGACGUUGCAUUGGGGUGGAUCUCUUACUGGCUCCCUGUUUGGGACGAAGUCGGGUCAAUGCAGAUUUUCGACCCACGAACAUUUCCUGCCACCACUUCAUGGACGAGCAACUUUCUCAAUCACCCGAUCAUCAAGGAAAACAUACCACCUAGGGACAAAAUGUUUCUUUAUUUUCAUGGUCGCAGCAAAGCAUUGUCCUCUGUUCGUCCAUCAUCAGUGGCUUAAUUAAGAUUAUAUUUAUGUGCUGGGCAGGUGCCAUGCUUUCUUGUGCUAAUAUCCCUAGGGAGUCCCUACUAAGUUUCGAAAAAUAAUUUUAUUGGACACCUAGCUUAUUAGUAAAAUUGUGAUUUGCUCUUGGAAUAUGUAUUAAUAAUUCUUCAGUUGGUUUUACACAAACCAAUUUUCAUAAUUGAAGCUAAUUAUGUUAUGCUUAAA